AUGAAUAAGAAAUCAGUGUUUUAUGCAGCUAGGGAUGGCAAUCUUGAGCGUCUCAAGUUUUUCCUACACAACAACAAAAGCAAAGAAGAAAUUUCGAUGCUAGUGGGAACGAAAACGCAAGGAGCUACUCCUUUAGUGAUUGCUUGUAGAAAUGGUCAUUACGAAGUUGUCCAAUUUCUUAUAGAACACUGUAAUGCGGACAUCGAACAAACUGGAUCAGUAACUUUUGAUGGUGAAACUAUAGAGGGUGCUCCACCAUUAUGGUGCGCAGCUGCUGCUGGUUAUUUAGAACUCGUGCAACUUCUCGUAAAACACGGGGCAAAAGUUAAUAGUACAACUCGUACAAACUCUACACCUCUUAGAGCAGCCUGUUUUGAUGGGCAUGUAGAAAUAGUCAAAUUCUUAGUUGCAAGUGGUGCAGAUAUAGAAAUAGCCAAUAGACAUGGCCACACGUGCUUGAUGAUAGCUUGUUACAAAGGUCACGUACACAUAGCUAAAUAUUUACUUGAACUGAAUGCAAAUGUUAACCGGAAAAGUGUGAAGGGUAACACAGCCCUCCACGAUUGUGCCGAAUCCGGAAGUUUAGAAAUCUUAAAACUUCUUUUGCUACAUGGAGGCACGAUGGACGUCGAUUCGUAUGGAAUGACUCCUUUACUAGCAGCUGCAGUCGUAGGUCAUAACCAAAUCGUUGAUUAUCUCAUUACACAAACCGAAUUAGUUUCUAGAAAGGAAAAAAUCGACGCACUGGAACUGCUUGGAGCUACUUAUGUCGACAAAAAGAGAGAUAUGAUUGGCGCUUUAGGUUACUGGAAACAGGCUCUAAAUGAGAGAUAUAACGGUGAAGGUCCGGAUAUACCAAAGACAAUAGCAGAACCAAUCCAAGCUUACGACUAUGCCGUCGAAAUCCAAAAUCCCGAAGACUUGGAAGAAUUAAUGACCGAUCCUGAUGAGAUGAAAAUGCAAGCUUUGGUAAUGAGGGAGAGAAUCCUUGGACCUGCACAUCCCGACACUAGUUACUACAUAAGAUUCAGAGGAGCUGUGUAUGCUGACGCAGGUAAAUUCAACAAAUGCAUUGAGCUUUGGAAUUACGCUCUGGACAUGCAACAGUCAAUGUUAGAGAGACUCAACUCGAUGACACAAAGUAGCCUAUUCUCAUUUACCGAGUUGUUUUCGUACAUGAUGGGCGAGGAAGGCAAACAUACUACCCGAGGCCAAGUUGUCCCACCCUUAGCUCUUGGUGAUCUGCUCAAAGUGUUCAGGAAAGCCCUAAGUGAAGUUGAAAUGGGUAGUGAAAUGUUAGACAAGAUGCCCACAGUCGAAAAAGAUCUCACCCAUCUGACUCAUGUGCUCGUUAUUACGCUUCAUCUAGCCUGUCUCCUUGUGAAGAUGCUCGAGCAUCCUACAGCUCACGAACUACACCGAAAAAUCAUUUACAAAGCGAUUUACAGUCUGGUAAAGUUAAAAGUGACAGUGAAACAAGGAAGAACUGCGUUGCAUUUGGCUUGUUGCAAAGAUGCGUCCUUAGUGGUUCGUUAUCCCGCUUAUCAGUUCCCGUCUCAGCAGCUAGCUAAAGUCUUAUUGGACGUGGGGGCGGAUCCUAAUGCAGCAGAUGACGAAGGCAAUACUCCCUUACACUUGGCAGCAGAAAACGACCCCGUUCCUGUUGAGCUAAUCAAAACAUUGUUAGACAAUGGGGCGCAUAUUGACGUUGUCAACAAAUCUGGAAACACGUUUACCAACCUAGUGCACGACAAACACAUAGUUAAUACUGCUAAAUAUACCAAAUUAAGCUGUAUAGCUGCUCAGAUCAUCCAACAGUUCAAAAUUCCAUAUAAGGGGCUCGUACCGGAUUCUCUAAUACAUUUCAUAAAGUGCCAUUGAUCUGUUUCGUGUAGAAAAGUUUGUCGUGAUGAAAUUAUAAGUCUGAUAAGAACGCUAUGUCAACGUGGAUCUUACGGAUCGAUCCAGUUCGGUUGUCGUUUGGAUAUCAAUAUUAUCGAUCGUUUUUCCGACCGAAUAACCAACCAAUCAGUGGCCUUCUUUCUCUUUUCAGUUUAACCUUUUUGGUAUAACUCCUCAAUCCCAAUUUAAAAAGAAAUAUCGAUCGCCUCGAGUCAACAUUGAUUCGUGGUCUUAUUUUUAUUUCGAUUCUCCUUUAUUUUAUGGUCGGAAAAAGAACGUACCAAUAGUAUAAAUAUUGUAUAAUGCAACUUCAUGAUAUAAUUUACUUUUGAAGAUAUAUUAUUAAUAAACAUGUAUAUUAUAUUUUAACACAUAAGGUAUGAUGAUGAAAUAAAAAAAAUAUACAUAUAUUAUGAUUAUGAAUAGUAAAAUAAUUACUGCGUGAUAUGUUGUGAAGUUAAAGCUUUAACGUUAACUUUAGUUUGUAAUUGCAAUCCUUUCAAAAUAUAUGAAUGAAAAUGAGCAAUAGGUGAAAAAAGAAGAUAAGAACUGACAACGGCUUUUCAUCACCUUAAAUUAUUUCUGUACAAUAAAAAUCUAGUGCCCUUAAUUUUAAAAUAUUAGAUCGUGAUGUGUAAUUAAACCACAACUUGUUAUUACUGUUGUUUCAGGGGUUGCCAUUGGGCAGUAACUCGUAACUUCCUACUUUAAUAACUUUGUUGUUUUACAAAAAAAUAUGCAUAAAAACCUGUUAUAAAGUCUA